AUGGAUCUCAUGGAUAAUGAUGAUUAUGAGGAAGAUGAAGAGCUGCAAAAGAUAGCAGACAGUAACAAUGAAGCAAAUGUCGAAUACUUUAAGCAAGAACUCCUUGGAGUUCAAAAACGAAUUAAUAAAAAUCGAGAAAAGUUAGCAUAUUUACGUAAAGUAUAUCAGCAAUUUGCAAUGCUUAUCAAUAAAACAGUUUGCGAUAACUAUGGACCGCCAAUUGUUCAUCAAAAAGUUGAAAAGCCGCUAUCGCUUCCAAUUCCUGAAAUAGAUACGAAAACAAGUAAUGAGCUCAUUCACCUACUUACCAAAAUGGAAUCUGUAUCACCAUCUGAUGUACAAAAGUUUUUAAAUAAUUCUUCUGUUGUAGAAAAGCUUAUUUUUGGCAAUCAAACUAUUUUUGAUGAUCAACUACAAAAUGCAAUACUUCGUACGUCUCCAGAUAUUAGAAUGGCGUUUUUCAGUUCAAUUCUCACAAAAUUAUUACGUUGUAAUAAAUUUUUAGAAGGAUUACUACCAAUCUUAUCAAAACUUUCUUUGAACAGUGUACUCCAACGUCAAUUAUCUGACCCUUACGCCGAUUUCAAAGAUUUUUUGACGUUUUUUGAAGAAUCCAGAAGGAAAAUUGGUGAAACACUAGGCUUCAAAGACAUCGUUAUACUAUUUAAUACAGGAGACGGCGACUUAUUAUAUCAAACUUCCGAUCGAAAUAAUUUAUUACAAAUAAACAACACUUUAGUUGGCCAUCUCCUUCACUGUGAAGGCCCUAUAGUUACUUCUCAACCCCUAGAGAGCGAUAAGAUCCAAAGGAGUGAGGAAAGGUGCUUUUUUAAGGAUGACAGAGCUUGUUUAUCAAUGAGGUUUUCUUUUGGCGACAAUAUCGAGGACGGAUUAGUUUUACUUUUCAAUGAUCAGUUCACCGAAUCAGAUAUGGCCAUUAUGCAGAUAGUUAUACAGUAUACAACCCCUGCUUUGCAUACUUUUGGAACAAUUUUUAAUACGUUGACUCCUUCAAUGAUGUCGAAGAUCUUACUUGAUAUAUCAUCAUUGUAUGAAGCUAAAGAUAUCAUUAAAUCAAUAGAACAAGUUGUUCAGUCAACAUUAAAUUCUGUCAAAACAAAAGUAAUGACUUUAAAGAGAUCUGAAGAGUUCCCUAAUGUUCCUAUACUUCCACAAGACAAAUCAUUGAUAAGAGCGGCCGCAGAAAAGGGAGGUUCCACUUUAAUCAGAUUGCCAAGAUUACAAAAAGGUUUUGUUAAAGAAAUCGAUGAUGAUACAUCUCUUAGUAUUAUAACUGUUCUACAUAUCAUUAAAAUACCAUUUAAAGACCUCUUUGUCAUAAGUUACAACGCAAAUGAUUCGAAUUCUUACAAAAUUCAAGUCAGAUCGAUGGUUGAGCACUUGAUAAAUGCUACACCAUAUCCUAUUGAAGAAUUUCUUAAGAGAAGAGCUGUAGAACAGAAUUAUAACUUAGAUUCAACUCAAAAAGAUUUAAUGGAGAACUUUUUAACGAGAAUACCACGUUUAGUGCAAGCCGUACAAGAUUCCAAACUUAUAGAAGUUGUUGCCGAAGAAACAGGCAUAAAAGGAAUGAAAGUUGAAGUGAUUUCAUUGAUUGAAGAAAAUAAUUAUUAUGUUUUCCCUUCAAAUGUAAUGAGUGAGUAUCCAGAAGAGAUAUCAGGUAUAGCAGAACCAACUCACAUGCAAAUUGAUGAGCAAAAUGAGAUUUUUGUCAUUCCAUCAACUUCAACUACUUCAUAUUGCGUUUUUAGCGGUAUUUCGGACUACAGCUCUAUUGACGAACGAUUAUUGGUGUAUUUGGGUAACGCUACGAUCGUUUUAUUCCCUUGGGCUUUGAUGGAAAUUCAAUUUAAUGAUAUGAUACAUAGACAAACAUAUCUUAGAGGGUCAAUGAGAAUUUCUAUUGACUCUAUAUCAGAUUUAAUUGACUAUAACCUCAUUUACAAGGAGUAUUCUCCUCCAAUUUCUGAAAAAGAUUUUAAAUCCGAAAAACCAUUCCAUAUUUUGAUAGAAACGAAGCGAGGAAUCGAAGCAUCAAUCGAAUGCGAUGAAGUUAUUGAAGAUGAUAUCUCAAAAAGUGUUCUUGAAUCGUACAAAGAUUAUUUAUCUUUCGCAUUAUCAUCAAGGAGCUCAGUAAGAGAAGUUCCAUCGGAGGUGUUCAAUAGUAUAAUUGAUUAUGUCCAAAUUUUCAAGUGUGAUAAUACAAAAUUGAUGAAUUGGAUAAAAAUAAUUUUAUCUUUCUUCAAAACUAACAAUUAUGACAUCAAUGUUAACCUCAAAAUGAUGAAAUUUGUUAAAUCCAUUUUAUCCAAGCUUUCUGUCUACAACUGGUUCUCAGAUGAUGAUAAAUCUGUUAUUAUGAUUUUAUUGUUCUUGAAUGGACUUGAAAACUUUUGGAGAAUCAAGGCAGAUGAUUACCUAAUAGAUUUAUGCUCAAAUUCAAGUUUUUAUGGAGCUCCUUACGUUGCUGCAGUUUUUAAUUCUAAUUUCGGAAUUGGAAAUGGAUUAAGCAUUGAUCGUGCAAAGCAUAUCGCUCGUCUAUUUUCCUAUUACUCAAUUGGCCCGAAAAUGGAACAAGAACUUGAAGUUAUUGCAAGAGUUAGAUUUAUUUCGGAUAAGGGCUGGGAAAAGUCAGAUGAAGCAAAGGUAUUCGUUGGAAAGUCUCUUAGUAUCCUUAGUCGUGCAGAACCUUGGUUAGUUUCGCCUUUCGAUCCUUCAGCUUUUGCAAACCCGAAAAGAGAGUUGAUUUAUCUUGAAAGAGUUCUUUUACCACUGUUUUCAUACUACAGCAUGAAGAAUGAGUUCAUGAUGGGCGAUAUGAGAACAAUUCGAAGUAAUAUUCGCCAGAUUCGACUUCAGCCUAAGUAA